AUGUCUUCACGACUUGUGCUUGUCGCUGGCGACUUUCACAUUCCCGACCGAGCCAUUGACAUUCCCGCCAAAUUCAAAAAACUCCUCACACCCGGCAAAAUCGGCCAAGUCCUCUGUUUAGGCAACCUGACCUCUCCCUCCGUCUACACCUUCCUGCGCUCGCUCGCCCCAGACCUGCAACUCGUCAAAGGCGACCUCGACCUCCCAAUCCACAGCAUCACCGGCAGCAAUCCCGGCGCCAACAACCACUCCGCCGAUCCCACCUUACCACCACCAGCAGCAGCAGCAGCCGCCGCAGCCUCGAGCUACCCAAUCCCCACCGCCCUCAGCAAAGUCAUCACCCACGGCAGCUUGCGAAUAGGUUUCACGCACGGCGACACGAUCCUGCCGCCCGGCGACCCGGACGCCCUACUCAUCGCCGCGCGACAGAUGGACGUGGACGUGCUGUGCUGGGGCGGCACAUGUCGCUUCGAAGCGUACGAGAUGGAAGGCAAAUUCUUCAUCAACCCGGGCUCGGCGACGGGCGCGCCCAGCUGGGCCGACGGCGAGGAGAGAUUGAACGCGGAUUCUGGAGCCGGUGAGGACGAGGAGGAUGGGGAUCCGGACCGCACGAUCCCGAGUUUCGUCCUCAUGGAUGUGCAGGGGGAGGUAUUGGUUCUGUACGUUUAUCAGUUGAAGAGGGAUGCGGCGGGGAAUGAGAAUGUCGGUGUUGAGAAGGUUUCUUUCAGGAAGAAUAACGCUGCUGCUGGUGUUGCUACUGCUGCCGCGGGAGACGCGAGUAGAUGA